UUUGUCGUAGCCUUUAAAAAAUUACAACCGCUAACCGAUAAGUGAAAAUGGUUUGCUUCAGUCAUGAUGUAUCUUGCACAAUUGUUGGUGAUGGACUUAUUGGUAAAACAUGCAUGGCAAAAGCAUUUGCUGGUGACUCGUUCCCUGAUUAUUAUGUAGCUACUGUAGCCGAGAGUUAUACAGGUUAUGUGACUGCUUACGGUGACCAGUACAGUGUUAAUAUAAAGGAUACAAAUGGUCAGCAUGAAGAUGAACACACACGAUCACAAAUGAUUUCCGAUGCUGACGUCAUUAUCGUCUGCUAUAGUGUAGUAGAGAGAGAAUCCUUUAACAAUGUGCAGUCAUUCUGGAUACAUGAAAUUCGUAAAUUCAACAAAAGAAGGCCAGUUAUCUUAGUUGGGACCCAAAGUGACAUUCGUGAUGAAGAUAACACUCAACAUGUUUCUGACUUGGAAGGACAAUAUAUGACAAAACUUAUUGGUGCUGAAUACUAUAAUAAAUGUUCAGCUGCUGCGCAAACUGGAAUGAAAAAUGUUCUUGAAAGCGUUGUUUUAGCUUCAGUUAUAUACAGAAAGAAGAGAGCCAGUAUUAUAAAACGUGUCUUCGGACGAUGAAAACGUAUUUAUCACAGCCAAGGGAUAUAAACACGUCUUAAAGCGCAGAUAAUUUAACCUCGCUAUGAGAAAAGGUUAUCAAUUGAACCUAGGUGUUCAAACGUAUGAUCCUUCGUAUCAGUGGUAAAAGAGGAAUAUUCAGUUUCGAGAAGGAUACGAACUAUAGGUGUAUAUAGACAGUGUUUGAGAGCGAUUAUUUUUUUUUAUUAUAAUAGACUCUUAAGUUAAAUUACAAACGGAUGCUAUGCAAAAAUAGGAUGGAUCAUAAUACUUUAUGUUGACAAUGUUAUAAGAAAAUGCAUGUUGCAAAACGAGAGACAAGUUGUGCUUUUUUAAAGACCGAAACAAUUUCGGUAAAUUGGUAAAUAUUAGAUAAAAGUGUUAGAUAAAUAUGUU